AUGGCGAAUCGCGGAAAAACCCUCAACAAGGAGGUUUUCUGCCUCAAGGAUCUCGAGCGACUCGGAUCCAGCAAGAUGCAGAAGGCAUAUCGAGGAAAGUCCUCCAUCUGCGACACAUUGUUCCAAACUGACAGCUCAGCAGAAUAUUACAACGAGGGAGCCAUGGAUCUGAUCACACUCAAAGAAAACCAGUCAGCCUAUGACCGAUAUCUAAUUCGACCCCGUGUCCUGCGCGACAUCUCCCAGCUCGACACCACGACCACCAUCUUCGGAACCCAGGUCAAGUUCCCCUUCGGGUUCUCCCCGACUGCUAUGCAAGCGCUCGCCCACCCAGACGGUGAGGUGGGCACAUCGAAAGCUGCCGCCGCCUGUGGUAUCCUGAUGGGCCUGUCCAACUAUUCCACCAUCGCUCUGGAGAAAGUCAUUGCACAUGCCAAGGGCAACCCGUAUGUUAUGCAGAUGAGCUUGCUCAAGAAUAAAGAUGCGAUGAUUCAGAUGAUUCAGCGUGCCGAAGCUGCCGGAUUCAAAGCCCUCUUCGUCACUCUCGACGCACCAUACCUCGGUCGCAGACUCAACGAGUUCCGCAAUAACUUCGGGGUCCCCAAGGGCAUGGAGUACCCCAAUCUCUUCCCCGGCGUGGACGUGACCAACCUCGAGGAAGGCGACGAGAGCAUGGCAUACGACGACUCUAUCGAAUGGCCCGACCUCCUCCCCUUCUUCCGCAAACACACCAAAAUGCAAAUCUGGGGCAAGGGCAUCUACACCCGCGCAGACGCCGAACUCGCCAUCAAAUACGGUCUCGACGGUAUCGUCAUCUCCAACCAUGGCGGGCGCCAACUCGAUUCCGUCCCUUCCUCCCUCGACGUCCUCCGUGAAGUGGUUCCCGUCGCGAAGGGUAAGAUCGCCAUCGCUGUGGAUGGUGGCAUCCGACGCGGUACCGACAUCUUCAAGGCGUUGGCCUUGGGUGCGGAUUUUUGUCUUGCCGGACGACCAGCUGUCUGGGGGUUAGCUUAUGACGGACAGGCAGGUGUCGAACUUGCAAUCAAUCUGCUCUACGACGAAUUUAAAACAUGCAUGGCCUUGUCUGGUUGCAAAACCGUCUCUGAAAUCAGCAGUGAUCAUAUCUCACUUUUGCAGCCAGACGGUCGACUAUUGAAGCUGUGA